AAGGAUGGCGUACGUUGCGCCCCUGCUUUUAGGCGAAGAGAUUGAUAAAUUUCACCAAAACAAACCAGAGAGCAUGGACAAUAAGAAUAAGUAGCCGAUAAAGGUCCAUUGUUCUUCGACACCAUUCAUCGGUAGCGAUUUAAUCGACAUGAGUCCUGGACUUGGACACGACCCUCUUCCUUCGUACAACAUCACCGCAUUAGGUAAUACGGCAUUGUGUCUGUGGCAGCAACCGCAGCAUAUAUUGUUUCAAUUGGCGAAUUUCUGCUUCGCGUUGUCGUAUUCAGCACCUUCUUCGAAGAAAGGGAUAUUGUUCAUGCAUUCUGUCCUAAUAAUAGGAUUCAUGCUGUUGUCAGGCUGGGCAUGGCACGUGAUCUGCGCACCGGACAUAUUCUCUUGGAACUUCAGUUUCCUGGUAUUGAACAUCGGUCAACUGGUUUAUAUCGUUUAUCAAAUGAGACCGGUCCGAUUCGACCCUGAAUUAGAGGAAGCGUACCACACUCUUUUCUAUCCAUUCAAAGUGUCUCGACUGCAGUUUAAGAGGCUAGUGUCCCCAGAAUUCGCAUCGAUAAUGUCGUUGCACGCAGGUGAGGCAUACGCAAUGCAAAAUCUAACUCGCACAGACAGAUUAGGACUACUGCUUAGCGGCAAGGUAAACGUUCUCAGCGAUUCGAAUUUCCUGCAUCCUAUUCUGCCUUGCGAGUUCCUAGAUUCGCCGGAAUUCGAGAGCUCUCGGGCAUCCGUGGACGACAAAUUUAAGGUGUCAAUUGUCGCUGCAAGCUCCUGCAGGUACUUAUAUUGGCAAAGAUCCGCGCUGGAGUAUCUCCUCGUGAAGGAAGCAUAUUUAGCCACAGUUUUAACAACGUUAGUUGCCAGAGACAUUGCCACCAAAUUGUACGCUAUGAACAACAAGAUUGUUACAGAUAAAGGAUCGCAUUUGGAUAUAAGACUGCCAACUAUCAGCGCAGGGUUAACGAUAAAUAGCGAAUACAGGAGCCCGAGAGCAUCCAGACAAGCAUUGAUUCGUAGGAAGGAAUCGUCGAUGUCUUCCGAUAAUGGUGUUUCUAAUCUGAAAGAUCGUCAGGCGAACAAUCUCUCGAAGAAAGGAGCGCCGAACAUGGAACCUCUUCCAGAAAUGCCUUCGUACGACGACUUGGCGUCCAGUGGUGUGGAGAGUUGGUUAGAUUCGUCGAGCAAGUAUCACAGUUGCGAGAUCGUGGACGAAGAAUAGCAGGAGGCCUCCUUAACGCCGGACACAUUUUACGAGGGAGAUAGUGAAUAGUGCUGCGUUAGGGAAUUGCAUAAUAAAUCAAACGAAGACUGCAGUGUUUUAACCGAACUUUAUUUCAACGAACUAAGUGAUAAUGAUAAAAUAAGCCAGAUCAUUUCCAGUUGGUGGUUUCCUUUGACGAACGAGAAACUUUAUAAACGAGAAUCUACUCGCAUAGUUUAGAAGAAAUGUCGAUUUUGGUAUAAAUUGUAUAAUUUGGUAUAAUUGUAAGAACAGAACGUAAAUAUACAAGUGCAACGCGUUUAAUUCUCCGUUGAUUUUUUUUUUCAUUUAUCAUAUCAUUUAUAACAUUUUAAUUCUUUUCCUUUCUCUCUCGAUUAAGAAUAUGAUAAAUAUCGUAAAAUAAUUUUUUGUUAAAAUGUUCGAUUAAUGUGUCAAUUAAAAAACAUUAUGAUAGAGUAAAAAUGCAAACUAUAAAUACGAUCUACGAAGAAUUAAUCAAAUGGACAACUUUUAAUAUCUACUUUAUUGAAACAUAGAUAUUGGUAUACUAAUUAAAUAUUUAAAAACUACUUAAUGAAAAAAGUGUGUAUUAGUGUGUGAAGUAGAAUUGUUUUAUUUUAAACGUAAAGAAAACAUAA